CAUUUUGAAACGCAUUUGGUCAAAAAAGUUGAGCUCGCACUAGGGGAGGAACAGUUUAAUCUAAUUAAAGCCUCUUUCCUUGGUCCUAUUAUUGAACUAGCAAAAAGAAGUGGAGUUAAUUUUUCGGGGAAGAUUUUCCACUUCUUGAUGCAGCGAAGGUUGCUUUUAAAGGAGAAGAAUCUCUGGUUCACAUUUGACUCCCAGCCAAUGCGAUUCUCAGAGAGAGAAUUCUUGCUUACCACAGGUAUAUCUAAAUUAGUUUUGUUUUGUGUUCAGUGUGACCUGAUUGAUAGUGAAAUGCUUCGAAAAGGCAAAGCUCCAUCAAAAGCUCCAUAUUUCUGGACUCAGAAAGAGCAUUUUACGCUGGAACAACUCCAAAAACGUUUGUUUGAACCAAAUCAGCUGCAUCCGCUGGAUGCUGAAGAGAAACUGAGUCUAGGUAUGGUAAUUUUGACAGAAGCCUUUCUCUUUACACCAGGUUCGUUGGAGAAAAUCCCUUUGUCUAGACUGGUACAUGCUUCAGAAUUCGCAAUCUACACAUCUCAACCGUGGGGCAAGCAUGCAUAUAGAGUUCUUGCUACAAGCAUCCAACGGAUAAAUGAGAAUACUUGGGCAAGAGGCACAUAUGAAGUAAAGGGAUUUGCAAUGGCGAUACUACUAUGGGCCUUCAGCGCAGUUCCAUCUUUGGGCUCAGCGUUUGCAACAGAAUGUGUUACAUCGAGAUCUGAGUAUCCUUUGUGUUUGAAAUGGGAAACAACUCAAACACCAAGAUUUUCUCAUGUUGUCGAUGUCGUCAAAAAAAUGAACUCAGUCAAGGUUAAUACAGUGAUUGGAAACCCGUACGAAUAUAGCUAUUUAGUUGCUAGUUCGCAUGAAGACGACAUAGACUUCGAAGAAAUUGUUCGUCUUGUUCAAAAUGGAUACAGACUCAAAGCAACUGAUUGGAGUGCUGGAUUUGUUGAUAUUUUUACUGUAUUACAAGAAAUAGGGGAACAAUCAAUGAAUAACAACUUGUCUGACAGCCAGAAACUCGACAAGAUCCUAAAUUUACUUCAAGACUUCAACAGGAGGAUUGCAGUAAUAGAGUAUGUUCUUAAAAGCCGUUUUGAAAAAGAUGAGACUGAGAGAUGCAAAAAAAAAGAGGUAACUAAAUGGGAUUUUUUUUUUUUUUUUUUUUUUUGUCAGUUACAUGUGUAUAUAGUAUAUAUUAAGAUAUCUGUAUCCUUUUUUCUGCAGUCUGAUAUACAAGAAGAAACAUGUGCCAGAACAGAAGAGGUAUGUGAAUAAUUUUAUUAAAUCCUUUUCAAUCAAAAUUCGGAUAGCUUUUUACAA